AUGCCUCGCGAUCCGCUCAUCGCUCUCGUUGGCAAGCCGUCGUCUGGCAAGAGUACCACCUUGAACAGUUUGACCGAUGCCACAUCCAAAGUAGGCAACUUCCCUUUUACAACCAUCGACCCAAAUCGAGCCGUAGGAUAUCUCCAAAUCCCGUGCGCAUGCUCAAGACCUGGCGUUCCCAAUGUCGGCGACAAACCACUCGUUGAAAGAUGCAAACCGAACUAUGGCGUCUGUAACGACGGAAUCCGCUCGGUGCCCAUUGAGUUGCUCGACGUAGCCGGUCUGGUACCAGGUGCGCACAUGGGCAAGGGUCUUGGAAACCGCUUCUUGGACGACUUGAGACACGCCGACGCUCUCAUUCACGUUGUCGACGUCAGUGGAACAACAGAUGCCGAGGGCAAGGCUACGAGAGGCUACGAUCCCAGCGUCGACAUUGAGUGGCUGCGCUCUGAAAUCGUUCGCUGGAUUCAAGGCAACCUCAUGCAAAAAUGGGGAUCAGUCAAGAGAAGACACACGGCCAUCAAAGGAAAUGCUGUCGACACACUUCAAGGCCAAUUUUCUGGUUACGGCUCCACAAAACAGAUCAUCGCUCGUACAUUGGACAAGCUACAACUAAAAGAACCUUUGGAAGAUUGGAGUGAUGAGACGGUGGAGAAGGUGGUCAACGCCUUUGUGGACGAAAAGUUCCCCACAGUCAUUGCUCUGAAUAAGAUCGAUCACCCCGAUGCCGAUAAGAAUGUCGCCAAAAUCGCCAAACUCAACGACCCAAGCACACUUGUCCUCUGCUCAGCUAUCAGCGAGGUGUUCUUGCGCCGCUUGGCCAAGCAGGGCUUCGUCAAGUACCAAGAAGGCAGCGAGUUUGUCGACACGAAAGAGGAUCUCAUCGAGAACGGCGAGCCUGACGGCGGUGGCCUGAAAGAGUUGGAUGAAAAGUUACAGAAUCGCAUCGAGAACUUGCGCGACCUGGUGCUUUACCGAUUCGGCAGUACCGGCGUGCAUCAAGUCCUCACACGUGCGGCAGAGCUCCUCGGACUCACGCCGGUCUUCCCCGUCAGAAACAUUGCAACAUUCUCGUCUGGUGAUGGACGUGAAGGCGGAGUGUUUAGAGAUUGUGUCUUGGUCAAGAAAAACUCGACUGUCGGAGAUGUUUACCGCAAAAUCAUGGGAGAUGCGCCAUUAGCGUAUGUGGAAACAGUAGGAGGGCAGAGAGUGGCUGAGGAUGAUCCUGUGGCGGUCGGAAAGAACGACAUCUUGUCCUUCAAGGUUGGAAGAGGUUGA